AUGUCUCAAAAAGCUUGUUACGUUUGUGGUAAACUAGGUCAUCUAGCCGAAGAUUGUGAUUCUGACAGAUUGUGUUACAACUGUAACCAAGCUGGCCAUCUGCAAUCCGAAUGCACCCUUCCAAGAUCCGUUGAACACAAACAAUGUUACAACUGUGGUGAGACCGGUCAUGUUAGAUCUGAAUGUAGUGUUCAACGUUGUUUCAACUGUAACCAAACUGGCCAUAUCUCAAAGGACUGCAGUGAGCCAAGAAAGCAAAAAUUCAAUAACGGCAUGAGCGCCCAAAGAUUCUCAAGAAAUAACAAGGUCUCCUGCUAUAAGUGCGGCGGUCCAAACCACAUGGCUAAGGAUUGUUUACAAGAAGAUUUCAAGUGUUACUCUUGUGGUGGUGUAGGUCACUUAUCAAAGGACUGCCCAUCCGGUUCUGGUGUAAACGCCAAGGUUUGUUACAACUGUAACCAAACUGGCCACAUCUCAAGAGAGUGUCCUUCUUACUAG